GACCCGGAAGCUCUAAUGGCCAACAUGGCUGCGCCCAGCACCGCCGACUAGUCGAGCCGGAGUCAGCUGAGAAUCGCGGUGGCGGGGAAUCGCCGUCGCGCGGCUCGAGAACCAGCCCGGACUCCGGCCUCUGGGUCCCUGCCCAGCCUCCGAGCGUGCUCUGCCGCAGGUAGGCAUCUGGUUGCCAUUAGUUCCUGACCAGGGUCAACAACAGGAUGAACUGCAUACGGAGGACUAUCCUAGCCUGGGAUCAUUCUGUGGGUCGACACUUCCUUUCCAGAGCUGCUCCAGGGCACAGUCCUUGGCAGCCUGAAGGAAGCUGCCUUUUACAGGGCCUCUCUCAGUUCCCAAGGGGCUUCCACAGCAGUGCAGCAAGACUAACCUCAGAUUCUGAGCAAGUCCCUAUGGUGAGGCCCCCUGCAGUGUCCACGAAGGCUUUGGAGCCAUAUGAGGACUUCUUUGAGCAAGCGUCUGGUGGACAGCGAAAUAAGACAGGAUUCUCAAAGGCAGUCAAGGCCUUUGCUCAGCGGGACACAAGAAAGCGGGGCCAUGUUGAUUUCAUCUACUUGGCUCUUCGAAAGAUGCCAGAGUACGGGGUGCAGCAUGACCUGGCUGUCUAUAACCUCCUGUUAGACAUCUUCCCCAAGGAGGUCUUUGUGCCUCGAAACAUGCUGCAGCAAAUCUUCAACCAUUACCCCCGUCAGCAGGAGUGUGGCGUGAAGGUGUUAGAUCAGAUGGAGAACUACGGGGUCAUACCAAACAAGGAAACUGAGUUUCUGCUGCUACAAAUUUUUGGGCGCAAGAGUCACCCCAUGCUCAAAUAUCUGCGCCUGAUGUACUGGCUCCCCCGCUUCAAGAACAUCAACCCAUUCCCAGUGCCGAGACUGCUUCCCAAGAACCCUAUUGACCUGGCCCGGCAUGGUCUGGAGCGUAUUGCAGCUGACUUGAGUGCCAGAGUCACUGUCUACCAGAUGCCUGGGCCAGAAGAUCUCGGAGCUGACCCAUCACAGCCUCAUAUUGUGGGGAUCCAGAGCCCUGAUCAGCAGGCUGCCUUGGCUCAGCACAACCCUGCCAGGCCUGUUUUUGUGGAAGGCCCCUUCCCACUGUGGCUUCGAGAUCAGUGUCUCUACUACCAUGUGCUUCGGGCUGACCUGCUGCCUCCUGAGGACAGACAGGAAGACAAGGAGAUGGAGUCAGAGAGGAACUUCUAUUGCCCCAUGCAGCUGGACUUGGAUUUGGAUCGAGGACCCUGGGAUGACUAUGAGUUUGAUGUGGAUGAAGUGGAGGAAGGCCCUGUGUUCGCCAUGUGUAUGGCCGGAGCCCACGAUCAGGCCACACUUGCCAAGUGGAUCCAGGGCUUGCAGAUCACCAACCCAGCACUGGCACAUAUCCCAGUGGUCUUCCGUCUGGGAGCAGUAGGGGGAGAACUCCAACUCGCUGGGCAUCAGGAAAUCCAAGGCCAGAACGAGGAGCAAGAGGAGCAGGUGUCUCCAAGGAAAGAAGAGGAAGAGCCAUCCCAAACCCAGAUGCGACAGCAGGGUCAGAGCUGAGCCUUUGCCUGAAAGUGUUCUGAGACUGAGUGUUCUUUGCUCUCUGUCAGGUGUGGCUUUGGCUUAUUGUAAAAGCAGAGGCUGAACUUAAAGUCCAAAACCUUGACUGGGAAUGGGUUUUGAUGCAGCUGCUUCCAUCUCCUCCCCAGGGGACAAGUGUGUUGAAGUUAACCCGGCUCGGCUACUUGCCUUUCUUGAGAAGGUAGCAAAUAAAGUAUCGUCCUUGGGGAUUCUGCCUGCCCUCAUUUCUGUGGUUGCCCCAAGUCCUGCUGCAGACUACCGGUGGAGGUGAGGCAUGGCAUACCGUUAGGGGUGGUCUGACCAAAGCCAGGCACUAUGCUUCAAGCAGUUUGCUCAGCUUUUCAUCCUGAAAGGGUGAGAGAAAUAUCCUUUCCAUGUGAUAUAUGGCACCGAUAGUUACUCAAGACUGUGGCCACUUCCACCCCCCAUCCCUCACCCCCAAAAAGAUUAAAUACAAACAAGUUACUAUUUCA